AUGACAUACGAUAAAGAUGAAGAAGCCAAGCCAUUAUGGCUUGUGGGAUACGGAUCUCUACUUUUCAAACCACCUCUUCAUGAUAAAGCGAUCUCCAAGAGCUUCAAAAAGUUCCCUGGAUAUCUGAGUGGAUUUGCCCGCAGAUUUUGGCAAAGCAGCUACGAUAACAGGGGGACCCCAGAGCAAAAGGGAAGAGUUGUGACAAUUAUUCCAGCAGCCGAAAUUGCAUCGCAUGAUGAAUUUAAGGAUGACAUACUACAUUACGAACUACACUCUCAGGAACAUUGCAACGAAGUAAUCAACAACGCAAAGUUGCUUCACAAUGCCCUCAAGGUCUGGGGAUGCAUAUAUUACAUACCACCAAAGUAUGCAAGGGAGGCCAGCGAAUAUCUUGAUUUCAGAGAGAAAGAUGGCUAUUCCAGCCAUAAAGUCUCAUUUAAUGUGGUGUUAGAUUCGAAACAGGAACAAGAUCCAAGAAUCCAAAGUAUCAUGAGCAAAUUACCCAAAAAUAAGGCGGGUGAACCAGUGAUUGAUUCUAUCGUUUAUGUUGGAACAAUUGAAAAUGAAUCUUUCGUAGGACCAGAAAAUGUGAAAAAGACUGCCGACAUCAUUAGAGUUUGUAAGGGUGAUUCUGGUCCAAACAUAGAAUAUCUUUUGGGAUUAAACGACGCCAUGAAGGAUCUCGAUCCCUCUGGUAGAAAUAGAAGCCAUGAUCCAUAUUUAGAGGAUUUAGUGAACUUUGUCGAGAAAAAUUAG